AUGCAAUCUUGUCUGUCGUUCCUCAGAGGUUUCUCGUUGUCUUCUUCUGCACUGGCGCUGCUCUCACUUGCCGCUUUUCGAGGUUUUCCGAAGCUCGCCUUGAUUGCUGACGCAGAGCGUUCUCGCGAAGCCGCGUCUGUCGCUCCUCUACCCCUUCUGGAUCCCGUCUUCUUCGCUGAAGCCGAGCGUUUUCUUGGAGCCUUGUUUGGCGCUCCUCGACAUCCUCCGAUUCUCGCCUAG